GAAUUAUCAUUUAACAUUCUUCCUCGCCCCUCACGAACGCUUGAAGUGCGACUACCACCUUCCUCUUCUUCGUCCCAAACCCUGUUGUUCGGUGUGGGUAUUUCUCUUCCUCUCCACUGCUCUCAUUUUAUCUAUGAUAUGAUGUGUUCUACUAUUUUUUCCCUAUUUUUAUUAUCAUUUUCAUGAUUGUUUCUGCUUGUUUGGAGCUUCAUGGGUAUUUCUCUUCAUGAUUAUUUCCCUUUACUGAGGUGUACAUGCGAAUUGAAGGAGUGUCUGUUGAUAUUGGGAAGAUAUUUUUGCAUAAAGGUAUCUACUUUGUCAUUGGUUGCAGUGGCGGAUCUAAGGCCUGGCUAGCUUGGGCACUUCCCCGGGCCCAAAUUUUGUUUUAACUUGGGCCGCAAGGUCCUUUUUGGACCUAUCAUGCCUGGAAAGAAAAAAACUGCUCCUUUCUCUCUCUUCCUCUCUCGUUCUCUCAGUCUCUCGUUGCUCUUUCUCUCUCGGUGCCAAUCAGUCCGCCCCUCAACACCGCUCCUCCUGCUUUCAUGGCAGAAAUCAGGCAGCUUGGUCUUCUCUCCAAGGAUGUUUUCUUGAAGCAACCCAACCUCUUGGAUCUUGAAGCACCAAUUAAGAUCCGUGGAUGCCAGGGAUACCGCACCCAGUACCAAACUAUGCCGCCGCCUGUUUGAUAAAAUGCUUCAGUAACACCCACACCACACCAGUUAACAAACUAUGUCUGAGUUAUUCUUGCUGCUUUUGCGCCGGACCUGGAACAAACUCACUUCUCAUUCUCCUCGUAACAUCUUCUUCAAUACCUCUACAACUGCGACGAGGGGUUUUAGCAGCAGCAAAUACAAGCCCCUAGAUUUGGAUUUCACUCAACUUCCAAUUUCUCGCCUCCCCACCAUCAUCAUUAUCGGCCGACCUAACGUUGGCAAGUCCGCCUUGUUCAACCGCCUUAUUCAGAGGAGGGAAGCUCUCGUCUAUAACACGCCAGAAGAUCAUGUCACCCGUGACAUUCGUGAAGGUGUUGCCAAGUUGGGUAACUUGCGAUUCAGAGUGCUGGACUCUGCUGGCUUGGAAACCGAAUCUACCUCAGCCUCUUCCAUCCUUCACCAAACCGCUUCCAUCACUGCUAAUCUCUUGCCAACCUCACACGUCGCUCUCUUCCUCACUGAUGUAAGAGCUGGACUUCAUCCUCUGGAUCAGGAGGUUGGAAAAUGGCUGCGGAAGAACACACCUCAGCUCAAACCUAUUGUUGCCAUGAAUAAAUCCGAGUCACUCUUCAAUGCCGAUGCUUCUCUGGCCGCGGCUGGUAAUGAAAUGUGCCGGUUAGGAUUUGGGGAUCCUAUUGCUAUUUCUGCUAAGACUGGACUGGGCAUGCAUGACUUGUAUCUCUCUCUCAAGCCCCUCCUUGAGGACUACAUGCUUCGCAUAUUAAAUGUUAAUGGUAACUGAACUCAACCCCCAAUUGUUAUUUGAUGAGGUAAUUAAAGACUAACAGGAACUAUAGAUGAAUAAAGAGACAGAAACGAAGUUUGUAUUGA